AUGGGCAUCGCGUUAUCAUCAGUCUUCCCAACAGACACGUCAUCACUACCCAAAGACCCCAAAUAUCAAGGAAUCGGAAACCCGAACUUCAAUAAACAGGGUGUGGCAUCAUCAUCAUCGAAAUCCAAAUCUAAUAGUAAUAGUAAUGCAGCACGGAAAGCCAAACAGAAUUCAGCUGCUGCUGCAAGGCUACGGAAGACGAAAGGGUUUAGGGAUAAAGUAGCUGGGGGGAAGAUUGUUAUUGGGGAGCCGUUGAAGGAAACGUUUCGACAUACAACACACGUCGGUGCUGCUGACUACAAGGCAGGGAAUAUUGAUUCAAAAGCAUUGGCUGUUACAGUUCUGUAG